CUCGGCUCUGGACGUUUCUCUCCUCUUUCUCUCUCUAUCUAUCGCCCGUCCGUGAGAGGCAAGAGGGGCGAAGGGGGGAAAAACGAAGGAGAACGGCCGGUAAGCUGAGUAGCGUGAUUGUUCUGAUCUGUCUGGUUGGUACAGUGCUUCGGACUGCUGCCAUGGGCAAUCGUGAAGCUUCUCCUUGGUCCUUGAGCCUGAUCCUUUUGUUGGUCUUGGCUUCUACGGCGUCCUUCUCAGAUGGGUACCCUCUCAAAGUGCCCUUCCGCCCCAGUGACAUCCUUCCUCUCUUGCCAAGACAGAUGUCGAAGGUCAUCCUUAACACCGUCUAUGGUGCGGUUGACUUGCUUCCUUCCUUCGUUGGUGCCGUCUCUUCCCCUAACUCUUCUGUGGAAUGGAAAGGCGCUUGCUUUUACAAGAACCACGCUUGGAUGGAAUUCAACAACGCAAGCGGCACCCAGUGGGGAGGAGGGACUCUCCAUAUUAAGACCAGCAAUUCCCACAGUUGGACAUGUAUGGAUCUUUAUGUAUUUGCAACUCCCUAUCGUGUAACAUGGGAUUACUACUUCAUUGGUCGGGAACAUACCCUUGAAUUUAAGGAAUGGGAAGGAGAAUCUGAGUUUGAAUACGUGAAAAAUAAUGGGGUCUCUAUAUUUCUUAUGCAAUCAGGGAUGUUGGGAACCCUUCUAGCUCUAUGGGAUGUAUUGCCUCUUUUCACAAACACAGGAUGGGGGGAGAGUUCAAAUCUUGCCUUCUUGAAGAAACAUAUGGGUGCAAAAUUUGAGCCACGUCCAGAGCCAUGGGUGUCAAACAUCAGUGUUGCUGACAUUCAUUCUGGAGAUUUCCUUGCAAUAUCUAAAAUCCGUGGGAGGUGGGGUGGUUUCGAGACAUUAGAAAAGUGGGUUUCUGGAGCUUAUGCUGGGCAUACGGCUAUUUGCUUGAAAGACUCUGAAGGAAAUCUUUGGGUUGGAGAAUCCGGGCAUGAAAAUGAGAAGGGAGAAGAUAUUAUUGCUGUGUUGCCUUGGGAGGAAUGGUGGAAUUUUGAGUUGACUAAGGAUGACUCCAAUCCACAUAUUGCGUUGCUUCCUUUGCAUCCUGAUAUGAGGGCCAAGUUCAAUAAUUCUGCUGCAUGGGAAUAUGCAUUAAGCAUGUCAGGGAAGCCAUAUGGUUACCAUAAUAUGAUAUUUAGUUGGAUAGAUACUAUAGCGGACAACUAUCCACCGCCAUUGGAUGCGCACUUGGUUGCUUCUGUUAUGACAGUGUGGAAUCGGAUCCAGCCUGCUUAUGCUGCUAAUAUGUGGAAUGAAGCACUAAACAAACGGCUUGGGACUGAGGGACUUGAGCUUCCUGAAAUUAUAGUGGAGAGUGAAAAGCGUGGGAUAUCAUUUGAUAAAUUGCUGACAGUUCCUGAACAAGAUGAUUGGCUUUAUACUGAUGGAUAUUCAACGUCCUGCAUUGCCUUUGUCCUUCAAAUAUAUAAGAAGGCUGGCUUGUUUGAUCCCAUCACAAACUCCAUUCAAGUAGCUGAAUUCACUAUAAAAGAUGCUUACAGCCUCAGGUUCUUUGAAGAUAAUUCAAGCCGCCUUCCAGACUGGUGCAAUGAAAGUGAUGAUGUGAAGCUUCCUUUCUGCCAAAUCCGUGGAAAAUAUAGGAUGGAGUUGCCAGGGUAUAAUUCUAUGGAUCCAUAUCCUCAAAUGAAUGAGAGAUGCCCGUCCUUGCCGCCUGAAUAUAACAGGGUCAAAAAUUGUUGAUAUAUUUUCUGUCUACAUUUCACUGCCUUUUGUAUACUGGUGAAGGUGCUGAUUUCAGUCACGGUAUAGUGUAUACGCAUACCACUGUACAUAGUUUAGAAACAUUUCUUGUGUACAUAUGGUAGAAUCUUUUUCUCUUUUGUUGUAAACCAUCAUUUAAUGCCAAAGGAGAAAACUAGGUAGUGGAGCCUUUGCCA